ACCGCCUCAAACCUCCCUAUAAAUCAAAAUGUGGCAGCAAAAAACUAGAGACGUCCAAGGUAUACAGUCUAAGUACCUGUCUACUUGAAUGCAGCACACGAAAAGUCGUCAAAAAAUGCGGCUGCAAACUGUUUGGAAUGGCGAACCUUACAGAAUUCAGCCAAAUAAAAUACUGCAACCCAGACGAAAUGAUUUCAUGUGGAGUAUACACCAUGACCAAGAAAAAAUACCUGAGGACCCUGAGCAGCAUUUUGUCAACAUUGACGUUUGGUUACCGCCUGCCCAACAAUCCUCAAGAAUGUGGCUGCCCUCGGCCAUGUAAAGAGAUCAAAUACUCAACGCGAGUAAACGACGCCAACUUCCUUACCAGUGACGUGUUUCUCGAUGACGUAGCAGAUUCUAUAAGUGCCAUAACUAAAUAUGUUUCUAGAGUCUAUUUAAAAUUUCUUUUGGACAAGAAAAGGGAUACCGUGAUUCACUUAAGCGUUCAUUAUGAGGACCUGAAUAGAUACAUUACAACCGAAAGACCAUCUUAUGAUAUCAACCUGUUUGGUGCGGAUGUUGGCGGUUACAUUGGUUUGUUCUUGGGAUGCAGUGUUAUUACCAUUUUUGAGUUCAUCGAUCUUAUCAUUGUUUGUUGUCUUGGAAGAUGUCUACAGGCCAAAACGAAGGAACGCAAUACAAAUGAUGAUGAAGAACAACAUGAUGAAACUCAUUUAAAUGAGAUGUAAUUAGUUAUAUGUAACCAUAUCUAGAUAUUCAUUGAAAAAAUCAUUAACUUAAAUGAUCAAAAUUAUUCAUGAGCUUAAUUGACUGAUUGACAAUUUGAUUGAAUGAUGAACUGACUGAUUAUUUAAAACUAAGUUAACUUUAUAAUAACCACAUUUCUUAGUACGUAAUUUCGAGAAUGUGCAACAUUAAAGCUUAAUACAGCUAAACAGCUAA